AUGGAGCCUUGGCGCCGGGCGCCCGACCUCAGGCCGUUUUACCACCAGCUGCUGAGUCCGCUGUCGCUCUUUCCCCGCAAGGAGACGCCUCCAGAGCCUCCGAAGCCUCUCUCGCAAGAGCACUCGGUUUUGCAAUCCAUCCCGCUCGCGAAGCUGAAAGUGGGGCAGCUAUGCCGCCAGGUGUCCAAGAGGCUAGCAGGCAGCGGGCGGGCGGCGCGGGUGACUCCCGAGGACCGACUCCGUCUCACCGAGGUUAUCCUAGAGGAGCUGAAGUGCAGCUGGCAGGAACCUCCGACAGAACCCAUUCUGAACUACGAGAACAAUCUGAAGCUGCGGAAGCGGCUGGAGUCCUACGUGCUGAUCUGUAGUGAGCAGCUCUUCGUACGCUACCUGCACCUGCUGGUGACCCUGCCGCCCUCCAGAAAGGUCUUCACUGAACCGGCCACCCUCAGCCGGUUGGCAGCCAGCCUUGCCAGGGAUUGCACGGUCUUCCUCACCAGUCCCGAUGUCUACCGCUGCCUGCUGGCUGAUUUUCAAAUCUUACGGAAUUUAGAGCAGACCCAGGAUGGCUUAUCCAAGCUGCGGCCCCCUGCCUGUCCCCCUGGGACUUUCAAGCUCUGUCCAAUCACCUGGCCUCACAGCACCGGCUUAGACCAAGUGCCAUGCUCUAGCCUCAACCUGAACUACCUUAUCCAACUUAGCCGCCCAUAUGAGUUCACCAGUGAGCCCGAACCUGAUCCAGUGAAGGAGUUGAAAUCCAUCCCCCUGCUGAAAGGGAGGAAGCGGCUCCUCUGGGUGCUCUCCAUGAAAAAGGAAAAAGAAAGUGAAGUGAGAUCCUCACAGAUAGCAGCACUGCCUGGCCAUUCUCCUCCCAGCAGUAAGGUCGCCCUGUUCCCCAGUUCACCAGUCUUGUCCCGGCUCCAAAGGGGUCAAUCCAUGCCCUGUCUUCGUGAGGGGUGGAGACUGGCAGAUGAGUUGGGCCUUCCUCCGCUCUCCCCUCGUCCCCAAACCCCGUUGAUCUUGACUCCAGAGAUUACACCGCUGCUGUUUGGGGACGUAGUGGCUGAGGAUCUGAAGCAGAUGGUAAAGACCAUGACGAUGGAGAUGACUCACUACUCCCCACUGGACAAGGGCCUGCCUCCUCUCCUUGGGGUCCUUACCCGGCGCCUAACUGCCCAGCACCACAUAGAGGACCUGCAGCAAAUGCUGAAGAGCCUACAGGCUGAAGAAGCCUCUGGCCAGUGGGAUCUCCACCCCGAAAUAAUCACUCCACUUUACCCACAGCCAGUGACUAUUACUUUGAAGCUACAAAACCAGCUCGUGUUCCAGGUCACUACUCUGCAACUCUCUGACAGGAACUAUUCUGACUCUUUCCAUGUUGAGGAGGCUGGGGUCCUAUACAACCAUCUGAAUGGGGAACUGGAUAGCAAAGCCAUCGAACAAAUGGAUGCUGACCGUCUUGUUGGUAAUAAAACCAAAGAGGUAUACAAGGAACUGAUGAGCCGAGUCUCUACCAGCCAUUUCUCUUUUGAGGAAGGACCCCAGAUUGAGCCUUCAGCAGAUAAAGAUUGGUCCUCCCUCCUGUCCUCAGUUUUGAUAUGUGAAGGUAAAAAGAACUCCCUCAUUAAUCACUAUCUGGUUGGACUUAACACCAAGAAAACAAGCAGUCAGCAGUUGCGCCCUGAGAAGGAGGCUUCUGUCACAUUACCUCCGAGGGGCAAAGGCAGGGACAACCAGUCAGGUAAGGGUGUAUGGUCGAACUGGUGGAAAACCGCUGUGUCCUCGGAUGACUACUUCAAGUUCCUCCACACUCAGGAGACAGAUUUCCUCCAUGUCAUCUUCCGAAUGUACGAAGAAGAUGUUCCUGUGGAGGUACCACCCCCUGCCAAAGAGACCCUGAGGAUUCGGCACCCGCCUCCUCUGCAGGAAGAUGAAGAGCCAGAGUUUGUGCCAGGAGAGUGGAACUGGAACCCGUUGACAGAAGACAGCAUGGGGCCUGGGAAAGCCCGCAUCCUAAACUUGCAGCAGCGUCUAGAAAGACUGUGGAUCGUGUUGGAAGUCCCUGUCCAGAGCCAGCUGGACAUGGUCAUUAAGUACAGCUCCAGCGCGCGCCUGCGUCAGCUUCCAACCUUAAUCAGGGCCUGGGAGCGGGCCCUGAAACCCAUUCAGACGCGGGAGUUGUUGCUAGGGAGACUAGAGUGGUUUGAGCGACAAGCCUCCGACCCAAACCGCUUCUUCCAAAAGCCCGAUUUGCUGCUGAAUCGACUCCUGGAGGAGAAUGUGAUCCGUAGCCAACUCCAAAGGAAGCUCAGUCUGAUAGAACCGCCUUUGACUUCCUUCCUGGAAAAGAUAGAGUCAAUCUUUGGGGAGCCAGUGACCUUCAAGGGGCGUCGCUAUCUGGAGAAGAUGAAGCAGGACAAAGUGGAGAUACUGUAUUGGCUCCAGCAGCAGCGACGGGUUCGAAAUCUGAUCCGGGCCCAGAAAGCCUUGGCCCAGAAAGCCUUGCACCAAUCCACGAGGAUCAGCAGCCGAGCUUUGAUAGCUCCUAAGAAUACUCCUAUUGCCCGCUAAGGACACCAAGUGUUCUUAAAUCCCUUCCUCACCCCCCAAAUGCUCACAUAGAUCUCUCAAUGGCUUUGGAAGAAGUACGGAUAUCUUUAUAAGAGAGUGAGAUUCUUUCUCUUGACAUUCUAAAUAAAAGCAUCUCCAAACCUGGUA